AUGAAACCCAUCAUCGCCAUUCCAGCGACGUUGAUGCUCGUGUACCGAGCCUAUUCCAAAAAGUCACUAACGCCUGGCGGACUCUUGGCCGCGACCUUGACGGCUAUCGCGCACGCAGUUCAUCCGUGGAACUUGCCAUUCGCUCUCCUCGUCGUUUUCUUUCUGGCCGGGACACGGGCAACUCAUGUCAAGGAAAACAUCAAAGCCAAUCUCACCUUGAAGUCCAGCGGUGGAUCCGGCGCAGAGGGUCCUCGUAAUCACGUGCAGGUGCUCGCCAAUUCGCUCACCGCAUCUCUCUUCUCGCUGCUACACGCCUACCAGUUGCGGUCGCGCGAGCAGGCCCUUCUCACCUCGGGCGGCAACGAUGCCGGUAGCCUCUGCUUCGCCUGGGGCGGAGACCUCCUCGUGAUCGGCAUCAUCGCGAACUACGCCUGUGUCGCGGCCGACACGCUCAGCUCCGAGCUGGGCAUCCUGGCCACCGGCCAGCCGCGACUAAUUACCAGCCUCACUCUCCGGAAGGUCCCCCGCGGAACCAACGGCGGCGUCACCCUGACGGGGCUUGCUGCUGGGUUGCUGGGCAGUGUCAUCGUUGUCACGGCCGCGAUGCUGUUCUUGCCUUUCUGCAGCGACGAGACCUCGGGCAAGCUGGGCGGCGGAGCGCCCUGGGCGAUCGAGGAGAGGCGGGCGCUGAUUCUGGGCCUUACCCUCUGGGGGCUCCUUGGCAGCGUCGUGGACAGCAUCCUCGGCGGGCUGUUCCAGACCAGCGUGAAAGAUGUCCGCAGCGGCAAGAUCGUGGAAGGCGAGGGUGGUGUGCGGGCGCUUGUGUCGAGCGACGCCGGCUCCCACCAUUCGGACCACGAGCACGACGCGGCCGUUGGUGCUAAGGCCGCUUUGCUGCAUGGCGAGGGAAAAGCUGCGGUGGAGAAAACGGUCCCGGCGUCGGGAGCCGAUGCGCGCGAGUCCCGCAACAAAGACCGCAGGCCCAGCUUUGGCGACGGGAAGCCGUCGAGGGUGAUCGAGAAUGGAUGGGACUUGUUGGAUAACAACGAUGUUAACUUCUUGAUGGCCUUUGGUAUGAGCGUCGGCGCCAUGGCCGUAGCUUCGUGGUACUGGCAAGUCCCGCUCUCAUCGGUUUUCCCGUCAGCGUAA